CCGCUGGUUUCCAGCUCGGGAUCAUCCGGUUAUAACUCGCGCACAGAGCUCGGAAGUUGCUCUACUACAGAAAACACAUUUUAUUUGACUUUGACAACAAAGCUUCCCGCGACUUCUCGCGUUUUUCAAUCUCAAUAUUACAACUACACGAUGUCUUUCGUCCCAGGUCAACCGGUGACAGCUGUUGUGGAACGAAUUGAGAUCCAGAAGUUGCGUCAUGAAAAUAAUCUGAUCCUGGGCUUCAGCAUCGGAGGAGGUAUUGAUCAGGAUCCCGGACAGAACCCCUAUUCUGAGGACAAAGCCGACAAAGGUAUCUAUGUGACCAGGAUAACGCCAAAGGGGCCGGCAGAUGACGCGGGCCUGAAGGUUGGAGACAAAAUAAUGCAGGUGAAUGGGUGGGACAUGACCAUGGUGACUCAUGACCAGGCUCGGAAAAAACUAACAAAGAAGAGAGAGGACGUGGUGCGAUUACUGGUAACCAGGAAGGCAUUGGAAAAAGUUGUAAAACAGUCUAUGACCACUUACCCCGGACCACAGUGUAGUGGCAUGACAAACUGAACAAUAGCCAAGGACCAAACAUCUUUGUGUACAUGACAGACACUGUAGUUGAAUUAGCGAUUGUUUUGUGGCCUUCAUGAGUAGAUCGAUAACAAAAAAUGGCAGAGAAAAAAAAAAUCACAGACCUGCAUCAUUUUACCCAAGUUUAGGUGAUGCAUCAGGAUGUUUAAGACUGAGGUUUUCGACUCUUUAUUAAGUUCUAGUCAGUCUUUUUCACUGCUAUUUGUAGCAUGUUCAAGUGCAACUCAAUAGAAAUGGUAAAACUUAAGAAUUUAGCCUUGAAAUGCAUUAAAGACAUGCAGAAAUAUUAAUAGAAAAACCACAGAAUUUACUGUAGCCUGUAAUCUCUAAACAAAAGCAGACUGAAUCCUUUUUGGAAUAUGUUUUAAUGUGAUAUUUGUUUUCCUAUUUUUCAUUUACAGCCAAACAGUGUUGAUUUAUAUGUACUGAACACAUAUUAUUCAAAUCCGUUCCAUUCAUUCUUGAAUAGUGAGAAAAACGUGUUUAUUCUUUCAUCCAUUCUACCUUCACCAGACCAAAGUUGGAGUUGAUAGACUGGAAACAUCAUGAAAAGUUCAUGUUUAUUGCAUUUUAAUAGACAGAACAAAUAUCCUGCUGUCUUAAUUUUGCAACAGACACCAAAGUCAGCUCCAAGACAAAUUAAGCAAUUUGUACAAUAUUUAAUGUAGUGUUUGUCUUUUGUGUUUCAAUGUCUGAUGGUACAGUAAUGUCAACAGUUUAACUCAUAUAAGUUUUGAUGGUUAACAACAUUCUCUUCUGUUUAUCUCACUUAUGCCUGAUUUUGACAGCACAGCUAAAAAGGCCGAUGUAUUCCAUGUUUGACUGAUUGUAUCUCAUUUUGAACAAUAUUUUUAGAUACUUCUUUUGUUUGAUUUUCAUCUUCAUUAUUUUCACCUCUUAAUUUUCAUCUGUAUCGGGAUCAGCAGGAAACAGAUGAUUUUGUGCUAUUUUACGGGAGAAGUGCCAUCCACACUGGUUCGAACUGUGAAAUGUCUAGAAGUUUGAAUUGUCACUAACCAAAAGCCCAAGUAACAACUGUUAACAUGAACUAAGCAAGUUUAAAUGUUGUUUGAUAACUUGGAAUGUGAGCAGAAGCUUUAAAUGAACGCUUAAUACCACAAAGAACAAUGAUUUGCUUCUGUUUUCUAUUUUGCUUAUCUUGUGUGGAUUAACACAUCAAUGAUUGAAUAUGCAUUAAAUACUUUUUUUUUUAUUUACAAUUUUUCAAUGCUUAGUCUAAAUACUAUUUUCACUUUGAAGCACAAUGAAUUUUAUACUUCAAUUAGUAGUUUUUGUUAUGCUAGUAGGUUCAGGUGAAUAUUGUAUAUUUUCAGUAGAUCCAUUUGAUUUCUACGGUAUUAAAUACAUCCUUUAAAAUCCAGUUUUGUUGAAUUUAAUUUAUCGUCCAAAAUGACUUUUU